GUAAAUUUAAUUUUUGUCAAAUUUUGAGUGUCAGUUAUCAACAAGAAGUAACUGCUUCAAAUUAUCGACAAUCAAUUAAUGACGUAAAUACAAUCGGAGGUUCAAUUAAAGGAUAUUGCCAAGUCUUGCAGUCACACACUUGUACUUGCGACGAGGAAUAAUAUACUUCAUAUAUAUAAAAGUUAUUUUUGCAAGAAUUUGUUCUUAGUUUGGAGAUUAAAUUGUGGAAACCUAUUAUUGUCUUCGAGAGAACUUACAAUAAAAAGGACGGUAUCUGCUUUCUCAGUGAGGAUAUCCAUAUAAAGUAAUCGCAGGCAUCAGCUGCAAUUAUGUCAUUCAAUUCAACCAUUUCCACAGGGACAUCAAUGAGCAGUUCUUCACAUUUCAUUGAUACCACCUCGCCAUCGGCCGAAUUGUUGACAACUACGAUAACAUUUACCAGGGAAUUAUCCACCGAGUCUGUAACAAACACUGAAAGUGAUGUUGAUUAUGAUAUAACAAGCGAACCUCUGUUGAAUCAGUCAUACGAAGAUUAUGAUUAUGACUAUAAGGAUAUUUAUAUGUAUCCUGGUUACUCCUUUGAGAGACCGGUCUACUUGUAUAUUUGGGAAAUACUCGUUAUUUUUGUAUUUCUAGUCAAUAUAAUAGUGAUCAUGGUACUGUUAAGCAGAAAAAUGCGCAAUGCGACAAACAUGAUUCUAGCAGCGAUUGCAGUAUCGGAUUCAUUGACUGGGCUUGUAACGUUGCCAAGUUACAUAAUGGUAUAUAUGAGAUAUGAUCCACUUCCCGAAAACUACGGCGACCAAGGAAAUUACUCUUACAACGACUAUACUCCUAUUUAUCUAGGGAACGAUACCACUUAUGGAAAUGAUUAUUACGGAAGUCAGAUGGCUCAGGACGGAUACUCAUUGUCAAAGAACCUUUGCAAUGGGUUUAUGAUCUCGAAAUACUUCUUGUCUAAAUCAUUCCACACUAUUUCAAUUUUUCUCACUCUUUUUCUUGGCAUUCAAAGAUACGUGUCUGUGGCUUAUCCAUUCAAGUCACAUUUCUUGUUUAGCGAAGGAAAAACACUUAUCUGGUGCGGAGUAAUUUUUGCGGUAUCUCCGGUGCUACAUUCUUAUCAUCUAGGUAGCAACAAAGCAGUAGGUGGGCUUUGUCAAUGGGAACUUGCAGAGAGUGGAUGUGGAGCUGGCUGUAUUUAUCUAUGGUUCGCCUUCUUUCUACGCCAUUUAAUACCAUGUGUGACCCUUUUCGUGUUUACAGGCCUGUUUAUCCGGCAUUUACAUCUUGGCGAAAGAAACCUGCGUAGGAUGGAUAGUACAGCUUCUCAGUUGUCGAGACGUGUGGUGGAAAACCGUCGCAUUUCCAUCAUUGUUACAGCAAUUGUUAUAGUCUUCCUGGUCCCCGAAAUACCAUACGGUAUAUUCCUGCUGUAUAAUGCAAUGCAGAAAACCUUAGAUAACGGCAAAGGUAUCAAACUGGAAAGCAACCGAGCUAUACACAUGUCAUACGAGUUAUUAUUAGUCGUGUCGUUUCAUGCAAACUUUUACAUUUACACCAUUCUGAACAGGCGAUUUCGUAAGUGCCUGUAUAGGACAUUUAUAAAGCCUGUUCAAAGAUACGUUGGAGAUCCAAGAAGAUUGUCUGUUGUUUCACGGACCUCAUCCAAUUCACUCAAAACAUCAACUAGAAAGACGGAAUUUUCUUCGAAAUCUGGACACGAGCUUAAUUAUAUACGUAGAAAAAGUUCUGAGAAAUCCGGUACGUUAGAUACCAAAUUCAUGGAGUCGUUUUCAUGUGAUAUCACACAGAGCUCCCACCAAGACGCGCAUGAGUUACAAAAGUUAAACGCCAAUGUCUAGUCAAACGUUCACAUCAUACAUUGAGGGUUGAAGUUGCUGAUUUAAAAAAAGGACGUAACACAGCGGUUAGCAGGCAGCAAUAUAAAUAACAAUGUAACAAUCGCAAGAAAAUAAAGCGUUCGCUCUAAAUUAUCAUAUACGGCGGCUCCAAAUUUGACAUAUACACGUAGAUAAUUAUGCGAACGAAACAUUUUACAGCCUUGUAACAAAUCAUGGUAGAUGUGUAAUGUCCUGACUUUGAUAUCACAUCUUAUUGACAUUAAUAACAUUUAAAAGUACUAUUUUCUCUCAAUAUUUUGCGAUUAAGUUUGAGGAAAUAGGAGUAACAUUUCAUGAUCAUACUGAUCUUUCUUUUAAUAUAUAACCCAUUUUUUUAAACAAGCUAAGCUAUAAUGUAUAUAAUAUAUAAAUAUCACAUUUUUCAUAUUAUAUUAUUAAAUACUUUUUAGAUCACGACUCCUUCACUGUGUUAAUUUGUUUUUCUUUGAUUUUGGACUUAUUGUUUAUGUGAGACUGAGAGAUUUGUUGAUAAAAAAAUGGCCGACAACACUAUAGAUUCUGAUCAGAUUGGUCUGACUCAUUGUGUUAUAUGUAGUUCUAGUAUAGAAGUACAUCUAUAGUCAGCCAUAUGUAAAAAAUGUCAUAUUUAUCUAUUACCAAUUCACCAUAUUUUAUAAGUCGGUGCUAUAGGGCGUGGGCGAUAGAUUGAUGUUACAACCCGAUGUAAUGUUUCACUGCCGUUCGCUGUGUAGUAACGGUAGCUGCUAAGGAAGUGUAUAUUUUUUCUGUUCGGAACUUACGGUCAAUAUCAUUGUAUAUCAUUGCGAAUUAACAUUUAUACAAUUAACUUAUUAUCUAUCAUAUAUUUAUAAUUUGGUACAGUGUUUCAUUUCUUAAAAAAGGAAAAUGAUACUCUGAAAUACACACAUAUCCUCUUUGUUCAAUGAAUUAUUUAUAUUUAUUUUGAUCAAAUGUCAGUUACAAACAUAGAUAUUUAAAAAAAAUUAGCUUGUUAUCUUAAUACAAAUUAGCUUGUUAUCUAUGAACUGCCUCCGUGGUCGAAGGGUUAGAGUCGAUGACUUCUAAUCCAGUUACCUCUCUGGUGUGAGUUCGAUCCCCGGGAGAUGCUUUGGUAGUUUAGCGCGGAGGAAGGUAGUCUAGUACUGGUGUAACUCUCCAGGAACGAUGGGAAACUACCAGCCUAUAUGACUGAAAUACUGUUGGGAAAAUGCGUAAAAUGAAACAAACAAACAAACAAGCUUGUUAUCUCAGUUGUAUAUUAAAAAUCAGAUCCAACGAUCUGCUCUGCUAUAUUUUGUAUAAUUGUAAUAUCUUCAUCAGAGACAUAUUGUUAGAGACUUAAAUACGUCAUAUGCAGAAAUAUAGAUGUCAGAGUUAUAGUUACUUUAAAGAACGUUCUGAUGACUCAUAUCUGGUUUUGUUACACAAAUUGUUAUUCACAAUUUCAUUUAUCUCUUUCUGUAUACAUACUACAAUAAAGUUGACUUUGUAUAUGUAUUUAUUGUAUUUUCAUAGACGAGAAGCGAAGAGCUCAAGUAUAGAAAUAAAGAUUU